UGUAUUUCCCCUGUAUUUUAAGCUCUCACAAAGCCCUUCAAAUACUCUCAUCGAUUCAUUUUCUCUCACUUCUCCUCUGUUCUUUCUCUGUUCUCUGUUUCCAAACUCAAAAAACACAAACAAAUAUCUAAAACACCAAACUCUUCACACAACUAACAUGCCAACUCCUUCAUCAUCAUCUUCUUCUUCUAUUUGGGUUCUUUCUAACAUAAAACUUCAAUUCUUUACUCGUAUCAGAAGGUUUCUUCGAUCAAAAGCAACCCGAAAACGCUGUGAAGCUUCCAAUUGUUUAAACAGAGAAGAAAAUACUCAAAAUAGAGAUGAACAGAACAAGGUUGAAAAGAUUGAAACAGUUGAAGUUAUGGAGAACCAUAAGGAGGAGGAGGAUGUGGAGGAAACUGAAAUUUUGCUGCAGAAGACGGUGAAAAUGCUUCAUUUUGGAAGCUGGGAAGAGAAGGAAGUAGCUGCAAAAGAGAUUGAAAGUUUAGUAAAAGAAGAUGUUAAAGUUAGAAAGUUGAUAAGUGAACUCGGGGUUGUGCCGGUUUUGGUAUCCAUGGUGGCGUCGCAGGUGGCUAGUCGCCGGAGUUCAGGGUUGACGGCGUUGAUCCAUCUAGCUGAUGGAACUUACACGAACAAGGCUUUGAUAGUGGAGGCAGGACUAUUAUCCAAUCUACCUAAGAAAAUUGACCUUAUAGAUGAGUCAACCAUGAAUGAGUUUGCAGAGUUACUUUUAUCAUUAUCAUCACUUGCAAAUACCCAAUUCCCUUUUGCUUCAUUAGAUUUUAUCCCAUUUCUUAAAGACGUUCUUGAAAAAGACACAACUUUUGAUACCAAAAGAUCAUGUUUAGGAGCCUUAUACAACCUAUCAACAAUGUUAGAAAAUGCAAGCUCUUUAGUUUCUUAUGGUCUUGUCCCAAUUUUAUUGGAACUUUCCUUAGUAAAAGAAAUUUCAGAAAAAACACUUGCUACUUUAGGUAACUUGUUGGUUACUCCAUUGGGAAAAAAAGCAAUAGAAAAUAGUUCAAUGGUGCCACAAAACUUUGUUGAGAUUUUAUCAUGGGAAGAUAAACCAAAAUGUCAAGAGUUAUCUGUUUAUAUUUUGAUGAUUUUAGCUCAUCAAAGUAUAUCACAAAGAGAGAAAAUGGCACAAGCUAGGAUUGUUCCUAUGCUUCUUGAAGUUGUUUUAUUGGGAAGUCCUUUAGCUCAAAAGAGAGCAAUGAAACUAUUGCAAUGGUUUAAGGAUGAAAGGCAAAUUAAGAUGGGGCCACAUUCUGGUCCACAAUCACCAAGAUUUGCAAUGGGGUCACCUUUGAAUCAAAGAGAUGCAAAAGAAGGGAAGAACAUGAUGAAGAGUUUGGUCAAACAAAGCUUGCAUAAGAAUUUGGAAAUAAUAACUCAAAGGGCAAAUGCAAAUGGAGAGUCUUCUAAACUUAAGUCAUUGGUUAUUAGCACAAGUUCCAAGAGUUUGCCUUAUUGAAGUCUUUGAAGUUGACUCGAUUUCUUGGAUCACCGAUAUUUUGACAAAAGCUACAUUGUGGAGCUGCAACAAAAUUACAUUGUCACCGCACUUUCAACAAUCUCAGUUGAUUCUCUAUAGUGGCUGAAAAUUUGUUACAUUAAAAUUUGAAUAGAUACAAUUGAAUUUGGACUUUAAUUCAACGAAUUUGUAUGUGCUACACUAUUGCUAUUUUUCAACCUUUAACAAUUGUUUAUAACAAACUUUCUAGAUCUUUCGA